AUGGCUUCGGUUGGCCUGGAUGUCGUCUCUCGUCCGCAUCAUGAAUCGCCGUUCGACGCGCUCCAGCGGGAGCAGGAGGACGCCAUCAUCAGAGUCGCGGGUUACCGUCGAGAGGACUAUGCCAUCUUGACUGUGUGUGUCUCGCACAGCGACCACUGCGCCGUGAAGUCGUCGAUUUUGACAUCAAGCAUCGUUCCCAGGACGGGACUCGGUGCCUUUGACCAGCUCCCCGUAGAGCUGCAGCUUCAGACUCUCCGCCAGAUGGAUAUGCAGUCGCUCUUCAACCUCCGCCAGACCAACCUCAGGGCCCGCCAGCUCGUGGACUCGCUGAAAGAGUACAAGGCUGCCGUAUCUUAUGGCCUGACGGCAUACUGCGCGCUGCUGCGAACCAACCUCGCUACGCAUGUCACGCUGCUGGAUUUCUACCGAGUGCUGUGUUCCAAAGAGUGUGCCUUUUGUGGCAAGUUUGGCGGUUUUGUCUUUCUACCCACGUGGAUACGCUGCUGCUUUGAGUGCAUCGAAGAGGACCCGGAAACAAGAAUGGUGAGGGUGGCCGAAGUGAGGAGGCUGUUUCGGCUCUCGCGCACCGAGGUCAGCCAGCAGCGGUCAUUUCAAUCGCUGCCGGGGCUGUAUACCGAGGGCCUAUAUUCGAUGAGAAGGUCCUAUCAGCAACACCGAAUCAAACUCGUGCCCUAUUUCCCAGCCAUGAAGGAGUUUGGAGACCGGCUGGAGACGGGGGCUGCCCAUUCGCAUAGGCCCUUUUGGGACCCGGUUCACAACUUCAUGGCGUCGUGCGAACUUCCAUACUAUGAUCCGCAGACCCAGGUGGUUGAAAGCGGCAUCUCAUGUGCCGGCUGUGAGAGGAAAGAAGAUGGGCAGCCCGUUGGAUUGAAUCCUCCGUUUGGGUAUAAUGAUCUGUUUGAUGAGAGACCCUGGAGUGAAGUUUUCUCGCGAGAGGGCUAUUUGAAGCAUUUCAAAAUCUGUGCGCGGGCACAGGCGCUGUGGAGGUCUAGCCCGGAAGCUGCCCUCGAGGCUAUGAUCAGACGGGAUUCUCAUCAUUUGUGA